CCGGCCCAGCCAGCACCUUGCUACCUGCCCCGGGCAGCAGGCCGGGCAUCGGGGCCUGGCCCCAGGAUUCCUGCAGGCCCGGCCCUGGGCAGCGCGAGGGUGGAGGAUCGGGAAAGUUGGUUUCCCAGCAGCCCGUCCUGGGCAGCGCCUCUCCCCGCCCCGUCCCCAUGGCGAGCUCGGUGCCUGCAGCGCGGAGUGACAGCUCCACGCCACCAGCAAGCGUGUGAAGCGAAGAGCGGAGCCGGGCUGGCCUCAGGGGCCCGCUGGGCCCUUCGCAGCAGCCUGCGCCGAGCCAGGCUGAGAAGACCCCGCUUGAGGAACUUGGCCAGCGUGGGACACAGACGCCAGCCAAGUGCCUUUGAAGUGGCACAAAAGGCCCCCCCGGCCCCACCAGGUUUGCGUGAGGCCAAUUCGGGCAGCCCAGGCGACGUCGCUGCCUCUGUAACUUCAGCCAAAGUCUCUGCUGGAGUCGGUGCUCUCGCUUCCGCCCUGCGCGGCGGGCCCGGCACUGCCAGCCACACGCGGACAGGCCGCAGGAGCCCCCGGCGGGCCCACGGAUGGCCGGACGCUGCAGAGGGAGCAGCGACUGACUCGCCGGCUGGUUCCUCCCUUCGGGCCGGUCCCAGGCCAGAGGCUGCCCAUGUGUCUGUCACACGCUGGCCUGGGUCUGUCUGGAAUGAGCCGUUUUACUUUCUCCCUGUACCAGCCUUUGGCCCGCGGCGCUCAGGGCACGUUACCGAGGGGCUGGCUUUGAGCGGCGGGGCUGAGCUUUCGGCCCCUGGCCGGCCGGCUCUGUGCCACCCUUUGGCCAUGGGGAACGCGCUGGGCAGGCCCAGUUGCCUGGGAGACAAGAGCCAGAAGCCCGAGGAGUUCCUGAAGGACGUGGGGCUUGGCCCCGACCACCCGGCGGGGAGGAACAACUGUGACGCCAGAGCUGGGGCCCCUGACAAGUCUCCCCUGAACCCGGUCGUGAUCGAGAACGGCUGGAGCCUGAGCCCGGGCUCGGCAAAAAGCCAGCCAAGCAGCCCCCUGCCCAAGCAAAACAACAUGGAGGUGAAGGUGCCGAACGGGAGCAGGGGCUGCAACCCCCUCAAAGCCCAGCUGGAGGCAGCCUGGACCCCCCCGAGAGGCGCCCCCCCCAGGGACUCGGGCAGCAGCUGGGCCUGGAAGCCCGUCAGCACCAGGGAGGUGACCGAGGUGACCGAGGUGACCGAGACCAUCGUGACGGAGAUCGUGGAAGUGACCGAGUACCCGGGCGGGGAGCCCGUUGUCACCAGGACGGUGAAGGUGCUGACGGAGUGUGCCGGGGAGCGGACGGAGGGUGCCCUGCGGGCCAUCACGCUCCCGGAGGGCUCCCCGAGUGUGGAGCAGGCCCAGGACACUUUGGAGACGCUGCUGACCUGGGUGGCUGACAUGGAGGACCUGGUUGGCAACCAGAAGCCCCCUUCUUCUGAAGUGAAGGUGGUGAAAGCCCAGCUGCAGGAGCAGAAGCUCCUGAAACGGCUUCUGGAGGAGCGGAGACCCCGAGUGGCGUGUGUCCUGCAGGACAGACAGCUACCUCGUGAGCAUGCUGCCAGGACAAACGGACAGGAGGUGAGCGGGGGCCUCUCAGACCUGCAGGAGAAGUGGGGAAAACUGAUCCAGAAGGCGAACGCCAG